CCCAAUAAUCGAGUGAAGCUUGCCAUGACGUCGAACAACCUAUCAAUUUCGAUUGGAGACAGGCCAGACGAAAAGAACCCUCUAACUAAAUUUGUAACGUACGUACUACAAUUUUUAUGUGAGCCGGCGCCUGAAAAUAAUUGAUCUAUACUUGUUUUGCUUGCAUGUACGAGUACGAGUACGUAUCUAUCUACAACAUUUCGGUGACCCGCGUUACUUUAUUGGAUACCAGUAGAAACGUACGGCAACCCUCCCCCUUCGGAAAAGUUUACAGAGGAGGAAGAAACAUUGUGUCCGACAUCAUCGUCUCAGGAGAGAUUGUGACCUUGGUAUCUUCGAUCUUGUACAGUCUAUCCCGAGGAUCUAACUACCAAAGCUUCUUGAAAGAGACAAAGGCUGCCUCUUUGGUUCGCCGAUUCCCUAUAUCGGAUCCAAGACGACAACACAUCCUUUAGCGUAUCUCCGGAGAGAUUAUUCGUUACAUAGAGAAACGAUUAGAGAAUACAUAUUGGCGUGGUAUUGGAUGCCUCGAACAGUAGUUCCGACCAUAUAGCAUCACUUAGUUUUGGCGAUGGCGGCUGGUGCUGAGUGUACGCAGGAGGGUACCGGCAUUGGAGUGGAGAAGUCUCUAGCCGUCACAGAUACUGAAACAAUGCAAAGCACGCCAUCAACCACCACCACAAGCAAGCCAUCGACAGGAGAGAACAACGAACAUCAAUCCCAGACCCAACCUCUGGAUGCAGCAGCAGCAUGUAUGUCGAGUACGAGGACUAAUGUUGUUAUGGAACCAUCAGUGGAACCAGCAAAUAAACGCAUUAAGCUAGAGGACGGUGUAGCAACUGAAGUCCCCAUUGGUACAGCAACACCGCUUGCUGGUAAUACUUCAGAGCAGUCGGCAGAUAUCCAAACGAAUGAUCGAACUCCGAUACUGACAACGACAUCGAUAUCGAUAUCUUCAUCCAUUCAGAAACCCUCUUUACCUCUGGGGUCAACGACCAAGCCAGCGGUCGUAAAAUCAGAAUCAAUGCAUGGUAAUCAAGAUACUUCGACUACAACUGGCGCAGCCACUAUAGAUCCAGGUAGUACCACAAAGCCGCGGCACGCGCCAACUCCCAAGCCAGCAGCAGCAGCACAACCUCAACAGCAGCCUCAAGAAAUCAAGCCACCAGUUAUGGGUUCGGUUUGCCCAUCGGCAACUACGCAACUCCCAAAAAAUAUACCCGUGAAAGAUGAGGCAUCCUCUUCAAAUAAUAGUCAAGGGGGAACUACUUCUGUCGUUACGGCAUCUGACGAGUCGCUACCACAAAACACUAGCAAUUCAGAUAAUAGAAGCAGCAAUUCUUCGCACGAAUCUCUGCAAGAGUCUACGGCAACUGCAGUCACGAAUAGCACUUCAGCUACUUCAACGACGACGAGGCCACCCAAUGCUUCUAAUGGAGCGACUCUGCCAGCUUCAGCGGCUACCAUUCGCCCGGUUGCACCGAUACCUCCUCCAACACAAUUAUCUAAUCGUGCCACUACUGCUCUUAAAGAUCCACCUUCGUCUACGACGAUACCUCCCGCUGCUAGCAAGCCCACACCCGUAAGAACUCAGGUUGCGCCAUCCCAGACGACGACUGCAACCCUAGCGUCGCAUACGAUAGCGGGUGUACCGAACAGCAGGGAGGUGCCCCUGAAAUCACUCAAUUUCAGACAUUUGCGCAUCAAGUAUCUUGGAGAACUGGAGUACAUGCUCCGAGAAUUUCGGAAACUGGAGCGACAACUGUUGGGGGCCAAAGGUGCACAACAACUCGAGGAAUCACAGGGGUCACGUGAACGACGAGAGAAAUUGCAUUCCUUCAUUCUGCAUUUGGAGGACACAAUUCGACAAAUUGAACUGGGAUGCAAAUUGGAAGGAGAGGGAAAGUCUGCCACUACAGAAAAUAGGAACGUCGCUGCCGGUUCUAUCGGUGGUGCUGUUAAUGCAUCAAAUACUGCGAAUGAUGGAAGUGCGUUGGCAAAUGCUACCUUGGAUAAGGCUGCUAGAGAAGCAAAAAAACAAAUGGCAGAAGAAUCGGCACUCUCUAACUUAACGAAAGAGAAAGAAGAAGAGGAAACUGUUCAAAAACUUGAGGAGCACAUCCUCGCUAAUCUUUUACCCGUAAAGGUUCGCCUUAAAAAACAACUGGCAGCGCAGCAAGGGGCUACUCAAAAUCCACCAGGAAUGCCUGCAAGACGAGGAAGUAUGCAGCCAUCGUCUGCAGCUAGGGGAAAGGGGACUUUUGUAGAGGCGGUAGAAAAAAAACGCAAACACGCCGAGUCGUUGCGUCUGGCCGCACAAGCUCAACACGAACGACAAGUUCGUAGUGUGACAGAUCCUACUCAAUUUGGAAAACCCUUAAGUGGCGUGGGGUCUUCUCUUACCAAAAAAUUGCAUGGAUCUACACUCGGAUCGAAGCAACGGCGGACUGGACAUGGAGUCGGUUCCAUAUCAGCACCCCAAGAUCGAUCGGAACGGAAGAUAUUGCAUGCGGGCAUGGUUCCAAAGAGUUCUCAGCAAGAGUCUGGAUUGUCUGCGGCAUCGGGAGUCCACGAGAUCGUAACAUCACAAAGUCAAAAGAACAAUCCGAAGACAAUUAAUAAAUCUAUUCCCACAUCAGCGAUUCCAGCAGCAGCUAUGGCCGAUAAAGCUAAACCUGCGCAAACAUUUCAAGCUGAGGCAAAAAACACCACAUUAGCGGCGAAACCGAAGCCAGCUAUUGACCCUAAGGCAGAACCUGCAACAACAGCAGUAUCAGGAGCAAGCACCUCUGAUACCGUCAAAAAAAGCAGACCUUUAGAUCAUAGCACUACUGCUCCCAUGAGUGAAGAAGAUAAACUGAAAUUCAAAAAACACAGAAGACUAAGGAAGCUGAAGCGAUUGAAGAGAAGGAGGGAACGCGAGCUCGCGAGGCAACAGCAAUCAAAAACUCAACAACAAAUCCCUAACAGCUCUCAAUCAGCCGCAAGUCCCAACGCGGUGCGAAAAAAACCUGGUCACUGUAAGCCCGGCCAAAAGAAAAAAGGACCCCGUGUUGUAGAGUAUCUUUGUUCACAAUGCAGUGAGGCAUACAGUUCGACCUGUGAAUUCAAUCCUUGGUGGGCGUUGGCUCAGCAUAAGUGUCCAAAAUGCGGAAAGACUCAGGUGAGUAGAAAAAGUAUCUUUUUUUCCUUCGCGUGGAGUUCUCUCCGUCUAGAAUUUCAGAAAAUAUUGAAAAUCUUCUCAUACGAAAAAUAUAUUUCAAUGUUCAGAUUCCUCGCAUUGAUAUUAGCUCCCCUGCCAAUACUAUCGAGUACCAUCCUGCGCUUCUUUCUCAUCUUGAAGAUGGCGGUAGAGGGAAUGCCGGAUCCAUUCCUUCAAACGGUGUACGAGCUGUCGUGCCGGCGAUGCCUAUUGUAUCGCAAAUCCCUGAUGGUGCAAGCGAUGUAAAUUCUGAGUCAGACUCUGAUCUAAGCGAACUCUCGGAUGACAAUAUUUCAAUUGGUUCGUUGAAAGCAGCUGAACUGGAGUCAGAUCUGCGGUCCAUGACGCCCGCUGAACGUGCCGAGCACGAAACAUUUGGAAGCGAAUACAAGGGGCCUGUUCUCUCGGAUGAGCAUGCUUCUAAGUUGUUGAUUCUCAUGGGCCAUGCUGCAACUUGCCCUUGCCAGCAUAAACUAGAAAAGCAUAGAGAUGUGUGCAGAUCAGUGAAAUACAUGAUGCUACAUGUCCGUGACUGUCCUGGAACAACAUCAACGUUUGAUGUGUGCCCUUUUCCAUGGUGUCGCAAAGUUAAGCACCUACUAUAUCAUCUUGUCUCGUGCAAGGAGCCAGAUCAAUGCGCGAUCUGUUCGCCGAAAGAAUUGCCAAAGGGACUGAAAGGAUUGGUUGGUCUGAAUGGGCAUAGAAUGAAGAAGCACAGAGAACGUAUGAUCGCUGCUGCUAAGGCCAGCUUGGCCAAAAACACAAAAUCUAAUGCUGCAAGCAAGAAACAAACCGCAACCAAAAAAGCUGCGUCACCAAUGCAGGUAAAUAACGUUCGGAAAUCGGAUGUUGUUGCAAAAAUGCCCGUUGCAGACCAAAAUCCUGCGACGCAAAAACCAGCUCUUGGUCUUGCCCCGGCAGCAGCACUUGUCGUCUCAAAGACGGAGCCUGUAGGAAAUCAUGCUCAGUUUGUUUCACGUACUGCAAAAGCAUCAUCUAUUGGCACGGGGAGUAGCAACGAGGAGCAGAUUCAGAAAGCUGUAGCAACGGUGCCGCAUCCCGCUUUCAAAGUUGGGGUGCAACCUGGGGCACAACCUGGGGCACAAAGGAUUGUUACGGAAGAGGGCGAAAAUUUGGAUGUCUUGGAUAAUAUAUACGAGGACAUGGCGAAGAUAGACGUGGAAGCCGCUGAAGAAGUUGACUGUGGCUUUCUCGUCGCUGACGCUGUACCCACGGAGAACACUAGCGGAGCCGAUCCAGAUUUUGCAACGGCAUUGGAGCCGUCGAUGGCUCUCCCUGAAUCGAUUCAUCCUACCCCAGUGGUUGCAAUCAAAAUGGAAGGUGAUUAUCUUGGUCAUGGUCCUGAUCCGGGAUUGGGAGACCUGGACCUGUUAGGCAUGGAUCAAGAUGAUGUGUUUGCCAUAAGGGAUGACGGUAUGAACAAGGGUGGACCGGCACAACAUCCAUUGAACGAUCCGAAUCCGGAUCCGCUCGCAAGUAUCAACCACGAGAUCAUAAUCGAUCCUUCCGACAUACCUCCGUCCGUGAUGGUCCCGCCAGCUACCGACACGACCGCCUGCUGCGGCCCGAAGCAAGAAUAUUCGCAAGCUACAAAUUCCACUUCCGUUCCGCCAGCCUCGGGUGUUCCCACUGCUACUGCUGCUACUACUAUAACCUGAUAUCAAAAUAGGUGGGGGCGAGAGUUGUAUUUUGAACAAGCUAAUACUGAGUUACGGAUUAUAUAUACCAUA